UUACAGCAUAGGCUGAAGAUGAACUUUUACUAUUUUCCAGUGAUUUCUCUAACUUUGUGAAUAUGAUUUUAAACAGAUGUAACCAAAAGUCCUUUUGUAUCCCAAGCUUAUAUUGUUUUUCAUUAAAAAUUCUGGUUUGUCCCUUUCUUUUCUGGUGCGAGAGUUAGUUUAAGAAAGGCAUAAGUAGCCCCCUAUGAACGGGAAUUUGUACCGACCGAAGUUACACAUAGGAAAUUAACAAUAAUAUAUGUAGAGCUUUCAUUAUGAGGAAGAGUAUGUUCCUCGCAACUGGAAAGUAAGACCAAAGUCUAGAGCAAUUUUUUCGUACUUGGCUCUCAAUCAAUCAAGUUCGAAUUCUACAUCUCUACUGAGUCUCUUCAAUUCAUUAUCAUAUUAUAUAUAGUUAUGUACAUGUGUGAUAUCAAACUUCCUCUAUUCUAACCAAUGGAUGGAAAGAAGAACCCAGUUUAUUUUCUCCCUGUUCUGGCCGUGGUUAUUCUUUCAGGAGCCUUAUAUGCUACUGCUGGAAAUGAGUAUGUAUCAGCAUUAGGCGAUCCUGGAAUGAGAAGAGAUGGUUUAAGGUUGGCAAUAGAGUCAUGGAAUCAAUGCAAUGAGGUUGGAGAAGAAGUUCCUUCUAUGGGCAGCCCAAGAGCUGCAGAUUGCUUUGACAUAUACAAGGCUUCUCCGAAGGCAGAAGAAAAGAACUGCGCCCUCUGCAAUUCCUUGCCCUAUGCAUUGGUCCACAGAGUCACAGAGGAAGAUAACAAGCUUAGUGUUGGAAACCCUUUUCUAGGAGUGCAACCAAAUGCCCUUUAUGAUGUAAACCUAUAUGCUGCGGAUAAGGAACUCUAUUUAGGCUCAAAAUGUCAAGUUGAAGACACUCCUAAUCCGUGGCAAUUCUGGAUGAUCAUGCUCAAGAGCGGCAACAUGGACACUUACUCAGCCCAGUGCCCCAAAAAUGGCCACAGAGUGGGGCCUUUCGGCCCGGACACUGGAUUCCCUUGCUUUGGAAAAGGGUGCAUGAACCAGCCAUUCAUUUAUCAUGAUUACACCACGUUGCAAGGGCCUAAUAGGACGACACUUAAAGGAAGGUUUUAUGGGUCAUGGGAUUUGGAUGCAGAUUUGAGCAAGGGACUAAUGGAUAACAUUUCAUACCAUUCUGUGACAUGGGAGAAGGAGGUAGGAAAGGGAAGUUGGAUUUUUCAUCAUCUUUUGAGGACCUCAACAAAGUAUCCAUGGUUGAUGCUUUACUUGAGAUCAGAUGCCACACAUGAUGUUUCUGGUGGGUACCAUUACCCAACAAGGGGUAUGUCAAAAAUUAUCCCGGAAUCACCAAACUUCAAAGUAAGGUUCACUUUAAAUGUAAUCAAUGGUGGGGGUCCUAGCAGCCAGUUCUACCUGAUGGACAUGGGAAGCUGUUGGAAGAACGAUGGGAAACCUUGCGAUGGAAAUGUUACUUCAGAUGUCACUCGAUACAGCGAAAUGAUCGUAAAUCCAAACAUAAGUUCAUGGUGCCAUCCAAACAACCUCAAUGUGUGCCCUCCUUACCAUACAUUUCCCGAUGGAACACGUAUCCAUCGCAAUGACACUGCUCGCUUCCCUUAUGCCGCCUAUCACUUGUACUGUUCUCCGGGGAACGCAGAGCAUCUUGAAGUUCCUUAUAGUUUGUGUGAUCCCUAUAGCAAUCCUCAGCCUCAGGAGAUAUUACAGAUUUUGCCACAUCCAGUUUGGGGAGAGUAUGGAUAUCCUACCAAGCAAGGUGAGGGUUGGAUUGGUGACCCGAGAACUUGGGAACUUGAUGUUGGGAGGUUGUCGCAAUCACUUUACUUCUACCAGGAUCCUGGGACUCCUCCGGCUAGGAGGCAGUGGAUGUCCAUUGAUUUAGGAACUGAAAUAUUCAAGGCCCCUAAUCAAGUUGCUGAAUGGACUGUUAGUGACUUUGACAUCAUUAUACCUGAGCAAUGAGUUGCGAUUUGCGAAGAAAAAUUGCAGCUUCAAGAAAAAGAAACGAAAAGAAAAGAGGUUUCUUGGGAGUUAGCUUCAAUUAAAUCAGCACAAUGUUAAUAGUAAUAUGUUAACCGGAAUCAUGUAUAUUUGGCUCUUUGUUGGCUAUAAAAGUAAUUCUUUACCUCAAAAA